AUGCCAUACCUCUUGCUGGCAUUGCUCGCCUGGCUGACUGUUGCCGAAGAGGGACAUUUACGCAGACCAAGUCCGGACUACCAACAAUGUGGACUUUUGGGGCAAAGGAAGAAGGGACUUCCACGCAUUGUGCAUGGACGGGAUGCCGGACAGUGCGUUUGGAGGUGGCAGGUCAGUCUGCGAUCCAAGCACGAUCCAAAAAUUGCUGUCCCAUUUUGUGGUGGAACGCUCAUUGCGCCCGGAUGGAUCCUGACAGCAGCGCACUGCUUGACGAGAAUGAACGUGUGUAAAAUGAGGAGAAUACGGGUGGUUGCGGGAGACUGGAAGCAAUUUUCGAAUGAGGAAGCUGCAAGUGGCAUGUCUGUGGAACGGCGAGUUCGACAGAUUUUCACCCAUCCGUUGUAUAGCAAGGAGGCAUCCUCUGACUUUGAUUUUGCGCUCUUGGAGUUGGACAAAGAGAUGCCGAUGAGCGACUGCAUCGGUGUGGCCUGCUUGCCGACCAGCGCUGACAAGCCUGGCAUGGAGUGCAAUAUCACUGGCUGGGGCACACUGAUGCAUUCCGGGCCCACUCCAGAGGUGCUGCAGGAAGCAUCCGUGCAAUUGGUUGACAACAAUGACUGUGAACGCUACUAUGCCGAGUCCAAUGAAACCAUCACGGCUGCUAUGGUUUGCGCCAACGGUAUUUCUGAAGCAGGAAUUACCGACACCUGUCAGGGUGAUAGUGGCGGCCCUUUGAUUUGUGAAGAAUCGGGUCGUUUUGUGCUUCGGGGUGUUACAUCCUGGGGAGAUGGAUGCGGAUUAGCACACUUUCCGGGUGUUUAUGCCCGUGUCACUUCCGCCCUUGAUUGGAUUCACAAUGUCAUGGAGGGCCUGAUUCGUUCAGAUCUAGACACCGAUACAGCGGAUUUUGGGGGAGCCAUGUGGACAGUUCUUCAAGGCCCCUGCACAAUGGACGAUUCAGAUUGCAUUCUGAGUCCCAAUUUCCCUGGAAACUAUUCUGCCAAGCAAGCUUGCAUCAUUGCGGUCAACGUAACAGCAGCAGUGGCAAUCCAGGUGCAAAGCUUCUCCACAGAAGAAGCUUAUGACUCGCUGCUUGUGAAUUGCAAGACCUACUCUGGAAAAGAGGGGCCGCAGGGAAUUACACCAGACACCAACAUCUACUGGCUCUCAGAUCAUAGCAUCAACGCCGCAGGUUGGAAGAUAUGCCCCUUGUAUGACUAA